AUGGAGGUACAGAGAGACAAGAGGUGGGGUGAGAUAGAUGUAAAGCUGAAGGUGGAGACUGGGAUUGUGCUGCCACAAACCAAGGAACUCCAUCGAGCCACCACACACUGGAAGAGACAGGCGCAUCGCUCCCACAGACGCUGUCUCCACUGGCUGGCCUCACUGUUCCUGCAGGCCCUGCUGCCUGAAGCCGAACCUGCAGGCCCAGAUCUGCACCCUGCCGGAGUGGACGCUGCUCCUCAGCAGCCUGAGCCCCGCACCGCCCGUGAGGACCGGCUCUCCUAUCGGUUCAAGCGCUUUGGAAGAUCAGCCUGCGUCUGUUGCCACUGGCCUCGCCUAGCUGGGGCGCGCGUCCUCUGCCUACUUGGGCGAGGCCGCCCUGACCCGCCCGCCGCUGCUGCUGCUGCUGCGGAACGCCGGCUCAAGGGGGAGCCCGUGGCGGGAGCGGCGGGAGCAGCAGCAGCGCCCGCCGGCGCCUCCGCGCCGCCCCGGGGCCACCCGCCCCGCCAACCCACUGGACUCCCCGCCGCUGCCCUGGGGAUCCCCAGCUGCCGCCCGGCUCUGCAGGAGUCCCGCGCCCGCCACGCUGCCCUGGACUACGACUGCGGACGCCCCUGUGGCCGCCCGGCGGAGUGCGAGGGGGACCUGAUGGCCGAGGGCGACCAGUGGGCCACCAGAAACCUGUUCAUCGGAAACCUGGACCACACGGUGUCGGAGCUGGAGCUGCGCCGGGCCUUCGGGAAGCACGGGAAGCACGGCUUCAUAGAGGAGGUGGACAUCAAAAGGCCGGCCCGAGGGCAGGGUGCGGCCUGUGCCUUGCUGAGGUUCCAGGACCGGGCCGCGGCCCACAGGGCUAAGGUGGCCAUGUCAGGCCGCGUCCUUGGCAGAAGUCCCAUUAAGGUGGGUUACGGCAAGGCCAACCCCACCGCUCGCCUCUGGGUGGGUGGCCUGGGACCCAACCCCUCACUGGCAGCUCUGGCCCGGGAGUUUGAUCGCUUUGGAAUCAUUCGGACCAUCGAUCACAUUAAGGGAGAUGACUUUGCCUACAUCCAGUUCGAAACCCUGGACGCAGCUGAGGUCGCCUGUGCUGAAAUGAGGGGCUUUCCUGUGGGUGGUCCACACCGCAGGCUUCGUGUGGGUUUCGCCAGAGCAGAGGAGACGCGGUAUCCCCCGCAGUACCUGCCCUCACCCCUCCCUGUGCACCGAGAGCUUCUCGAAGAUGGAUAUACCCGGCACCCAACCCUGGAUGCCGACCUGCGGGUGCGAGAUAAGACCCCCCCAUACCUGUGCUUAGACCGAGACCGGACCUUUUUGGAAGGGGACUGGACCGGCCCCAGGAAGAGCGCUGAUGCCAGAAACAGCCUGGAGGGGUUUAGCCGCUCAGUGCGCAGUCGCAGUGGUGAGCGCUGGAGAGGGCACAGAGACAGAGGCCUCCCCAAGCCCUGGGAAGACAGCGGGGAGGACAACCGUGGGAGGACAGCCCACUGCGCUUAUGAGGAGCGGAGCUGGGCCAAGGGUGGUAGGCAGCAGUAUGACUGCGAGGUGAACCACUUUGAUGCUGGGACCAAGGAAUCAGGCAGCAGCUCCCUCAGCAACAGCAGACAUGGGGCUGAGGAGUGGGGCCACCACUUCCACCGCGGAGCUCCAGACUCUUCCUAUGGGAAGAAGACAAGAGAGAGAGAGGGCAAUUAUUGGAUCACUGAGGCCGAGCCCAAGCCUCUUGAAGAACCGAAACAUGAGACCAAAAAGCUGAAGACUCUUUCAGAGUACGCUCAGACACUGCAGCUGGGUUGGAAUGGGCUUCUAGUGUUGAAAAGCAGCUGCUUCCCAACAUCUAUGUAUAUCCUAGAGGGGGACCAGGGAGUCAUCAAUGGUCUCCUCCGAGACCAGACUUCCGGGAGCAAGCUAACACAGCUGAAGAUUACCCAGCGCCUUCGACUGGACCAGCCUAAGUUUGACGAGGUCACAAGACGCCUCAGGCAGGGGAGCUCCAAUGGCUAUGCCGUGCUUCUGGCCACCCAGGCGGCCCCCAGUGGGGCUGGCGCCGAGGGGAUGCCCCCCGUGGAGCCUGGCCUACAGAGGCGGCUGCUCAGGAACCUGGCCUCUUACCUGAAAGGGAAGCAGGCUGCAGGGGUGAUCAGCCUGCCUGUGGGUGGGGCCAAGGGCAGAGACUACCAGGGCAUGCUCUACGCCUUCCCGCCCUGCCACUUCUCGCAGCAGUACCUCCAGUCGGUGCCGGUGCCGAGGACGCUGGGCGAGCCGGAAGAGGAGCACAUGCUGAUAGUGAUAGUGACAGGCACAGCCCGGCCCAAAGCUGCCUUUUCCAGCACCACAUCUGCAUCACAAAAGCAGUUACUUUAAAAUUGGAUUCCUUUUGGCCUGUUAGUCUGGUUGUUAAUCUGUAUGUAUGACAGUUAACUUUAUAAGGAAUUAUAAGAUAAAUGAAUCUGAUGCUAGCAAAAAAAAAAAAAAAGAAAAAGAAAAAAAGAAAAAGGAAGGGAGGUGGAGAAGAGGAAGAAAGACUCUAAAUGUAUUAUGUACCUGUACCAGUUCCCCACAAUGAAUGCAGUCAUUUUGUACUUCAAACAUACUAAUAAACAUUAUUUUAAAAAAGAAAAA